AACCCCUGUUUUUUUUUCCAAAUAAUCUCAUUUCGAACAAAGCAUAGAUCUUUCUAGUGUGAAGCUGGAAAACCAACGAUGGAACUCAUCGAUUGAUUAAACUAAGGAAGGGUUGCAGACGAAGAGAUGAUGUGCGGUAUAGGAAAGCCAAUCAGUUUGUCCACUAUCAACAAGGACUUUUUCAAUCAAAUUGGCCGUCUCUAUGCUUCAAGCCGCUUCUUCUGUUCUUCAUCGGAUUUCUUUCCUUCACAUUUGGGUCUUUAUGCAGGUAGUCCAUUAGAUGAUGCUCGAGAGGUGUUUGAUAGAAUGCCUGAACGGAAUCUAAUUUCAUGGACAAAACUCGUAUCCUGGUAUUCACAAAAGGGUUUGGCUGAAGAUGCUUUAGAUUGUGUAAGAUCUAUGAUUAUGGAUGGUUUUGAGCCAAACAGGUAUUCUUAUGCUGGUGCUCUAUCUUCUUGUUCUAGCACUGGUAACAUCAGAAUUGGUAAAGAGAUUCAUGGUAGGAUAUAUAGGAGAGAGCAAAUUUUAAAUAGCUUUGUCAUGAAUGGCUUGGUAAAUUUCUAUGGUAAAUGUGGGAUGUUGAGGUCUGCCAGAUCUGUGUUUGAUAUGAUUUUUGAGCCAAAUCCCGUUUCUUGGACUUCUCUUCUUUCCUGCUACUGCCAAAGUGGAGACAAUUUGGAGGGACUAAAUAUUUUCUUGCAAUCGCAAAGGGCGGGACAAAUGUUGAACCAAUUCUCUUGUGCAACCUUAUUUGGCGCAUGUGCUAACCUCGGGUUCUUACAGCUUGGUAUGACACUUCACUCACAAGCUGUCAAAUGUGGAAUCAAAAUGGACAAGUUUGUUUCUUCUGCAUUAAUUAACUUUUAUGGUAAGUCUGGCAUAUUAUAUUCGGCACAUAAAGUAUUUUCAGAGAUAAACUAUCCUGAUUUGUCAGCAUGGACUGCUUUGAUUGGAGGGUAUGUUCAGCAUGGAAAGGGAACAGAAGCCGUUAACCUUUUCUGUAAGCUUCACUCUUAUGGGCUCAAACCAAAUGAAAGAACAUUUGCUUCUGUUUUAGGAGCAUUUUCUGAUACGAUGGAAGUUGAAGUAGGAAAGCAGUUCCACUCAUUAAUUAUGAAAUGUGGAAUAUUUUCAUUUGCUUAUGUUGGCAAUGCAGUAAUUGAUUUUUAUUCAAAAAGUGGCCUUCUAGAGGAAUCCAGGAAGGCAUUCGUGGAAAUGGAUGCACACGAUAUCGUUUCCUGGAAUACGAUAAUUUCUGGGUACGCCACUACUGGUCUAUACAGAGGAGCUAUUGAACUUUUCAAAUCUAUGUUGGAAAAAGGAUUUAAUCCAAGCUUUUACACAUACUCGACCAUCUUGGAUGUUUGUGGGGAUACCCCAGCUAUUGAAUGGGGCAGGCAAACUCACGCUUGUAUUUUGAAACCGGGUUACACUUCUAAUGUUGUUAUAGGAAGUGCACUCAUAAACAUGUAUGCUAAAUGUGGACAACUAAAUAUCGCCAGGAGAGUUUUCGAUAAUCUACAUGUAAAGAACUUGGUUUCUUGGAACACGAUGCUUACUGGAUAUGCUCAGCAUGGAUUUGGUAAACAAGCUUUAGAAAUCUUCGAUAUGAUGGAGAAAGGAGAGGUGAAGCCGAAUGGAAUUACCUUUAUUGGAGUAUUAUCUGCUUGUAGUCAUGCGGGAUUCUUAGACGAAGGAUUGAGAUAUUUCGAUUGCAUGACUAGUGUUUACCAUAUAACUCCUGAAAUAGACCACGUAGCUUGUAUGGUUAGUAUUUUUGCACGUAAAGGACAGACAGCGAAAGCCUUUGAGUUUAUUAAACGUUUCCCUGAGAAAAUCGAUAAGGUGGCUUGGCGUUGUCUUCUAUCAGGCUGCAGAGGUAGCAGAGAUUUGGAUUUAGCGAGAUAUUCUGCUGAUAAGAUUUUGAGCAUUGAUCCAGAUGAUGCAUCUGUUCAUAUCAUGCUGUAUAAUAUUUUUUCAGAGGCAAAGAUGUGGAAUGAAGCUGCUCAAAUGAGAAGGACUGUUAAGGAAAAGGCACUUAAGAAAGAUCCCGGAUAUAGCUGGUCUGAGUUAAAUAACCAAAUUUACCUAUUUGGUGCAGAUCAUAGUUUGGGAUUCGAAGGAUCUAAAGCCCAUGAAGUUUUGGAUGGUUUGACUGCUCAGUUGUGUGAUGCAGGAUAUCUUCCUGGUGCUAAGCUUUCUAUGGGAAUUGGCGGUAACUUUCAACAAGAAUUGUAGAUUUAAGCACAAAGUUCAUUUCAUUGCACAUUCCUGAAAAUUCUCUCAAUAACCGUAUACUCUCCUCCAUUGUUCUUCCCUCAAAGCGACGCGUCCCUUUUGGUUAUCGGGGCAUAUUGAAACAACCAUCCUUAGAGACUGUUGUUCUAAAGGUUGGUUUGUCAUAUGAGAGGGGUCGCGGAGAAGAUGAAAGGAUUGGAGUCCUUCAUAGACAUUGAAAUGAAGGAACAUAAACUGUAACACAUUUGGUAAGUUUGAUUCAAUUUUCGCAAACUUAUUAUUUAUUAAGCGCAAUUUAUUCGUAAAUUAGUGUUUAGAGGGUUUAUUUUCAACUUAGAGGUAGAGCUUAAUCUUAUAUCUCUGAAUGUUUUAAUCUCUUCAGCUUAUUGCUUAAUUGGCCCUAUAAAUUAUAAAUUAUU